AUGGGAAUGGGAAAUCCGGGCGGCGUUCCUGGAGCGCUGCAAGCAGGUACCGGGAAACCGGGAAUACCGGGAAUACCGGGGAUACCGGGAAUACCGGGAUACUGGGAAUGGGGAUGGGAAAUCCGGGCGGCGUUCCUGGAGCGCUGCAAGCAGGUACCGGGAAACCGGGAAUACCGGGAUGGGGGAUACCGGGAAACCGGGAAUACCGGGAAUACCGGGAAUACCGGGGAUACCGGGAAUGGGGGACACCGGGGAUACCGGGAUACUGGGGGUAAUGGGAAUGGGGAUGGGAAAUCCGGGCGGCGUUCCUGGAGCGCUGCAAGCAGGUACCGGGAAACCGGGAAUACCGGGAUACAAUACCGGGAAUACCGGGAAACCGGGGAUACCGGGAAUACCGGGGAUACCGGGAAUGGGGGAUGGGGAUACCGGGAAUACCGGGAAUACCGGGGAUACCGGGGAUACCGGGGAUACCGGGAAUACCGGGAAUGGGGGACACCGGGGAUACCGGGAUACUGGGGGUAA